AUGGCAGCUGCGAAAAGGGGCCUUUCCGGUCUCCAAAGGGAGGUUCUGGCCCUCUAUAGACAGUGUCUUCGAGAGGUCCGCAAGAAGCCCGAGAUUUCGCAACCUCACUUUAGAUCUUUUGCCAGGCAAGCCCCGCGACUCUUGCUUUUGAACUCAGAGAAUCCUUCUAACCCAAUCGCCAGGAACGAAUUUGACAAGUUCCUCACGGUAGACAAGCGCGACUUCUCUGUCGUUGAACAUUUGCUGAGGAAGGGUCGGCGCCAACUCGAAACUUACUCAUCACCGAGCAUUAAAGAUGUCAUGAGGUGA